AUGCCGCCAAAAUACAGCGGUGGGAAGUUCUCGGAGGUGCAAUGGACAGAGUUUCAAUCUUGGAUGCAGACACAACUGGACCAGAAGUUCCGGGAGCAGGAAGCAAAGAUCAAAGAGGUCUUCGACGGCUUGAACUCUCGAAGUUGGCAAUUGGGCGAUGCACGACUACAUGCAAUAAGUGAAAUGUCUGCAAGGCACAGCAUGGGAGCGGACACGGAACCGGGCAUCAGCAGCACAUCGCUUCCCACACUGCGGCUGGACGACUCGAUAGACGUCGUGGCUGAGCCCGUCUCUCCGCACUCCGAGCACUCGGACAUCAAGCAUACUCCCCACGUUACUCGUAUCUUGGGGAAGGAGGUGGUGAGGGAGAAGUUGAAAGCAAACCAGCCAUUCAAGGCAUUUGUGAAGAAGGGCCUCGAUUUCUACAUGGCUCUUGUUGUUCUUGCCAACCUCGUGUGUAUCAUCGCCAUGACAGAGUGGACGGUGCAUCAGACGGACCUGGCACUAGGGCUGACUGAUGCAGAAUGGGCAGGUGCUUCUCUCGAGACCUUUGAACUUCUUGAAUACGUCUUCUUCGGCAUCUAUCUGCUGGACGUGCUUCUUCGCAUGGGCACUCUAAGGAGGGAGUGGUACUUUGACCAAAUGGAGGGUAUCAUGUACCUCAACAUCUUUGAUGGAGUGCUCGUCCUGAUAAAUGUCUUCGAGUUGGUUGCACUUCCCGCGAUGCUUUCCGGAGGGGCCGAGCAGCAGCAUGCGACAACCAUUCGGGUCAUCAAGCUGGUGCGCAUCGUCCGAACGCUUCGCAUCUUCAAAACA